ACCAGACUGUAAGCAGCAGUGUAGUUAUCUAAAUGAGUUAUCUAAAAUUUUACAAGAUAAGUACAUUAUUCCUCUGCCUAGUGAUUGUUUAUCAUAACAUUGGUAGUUUUGUGGGAGUAAUAAAUCACUUUUCCACAUACAUACAUUGCGUCAUUUAUUCGUCACUGUUCGCUGGAAAAAGAUUAAUUUCGAUUGAUCAUGUGACCUUUUCUUUUCAUCAACGAAUCUCGUGACGUCAUACCAGGGAUUGUUCGGUUUGAAGAAGGAGGCGACAGACGCACUUGCUGGAUUGCAAAUACGCUCGGUUGCUCUGAAAAACAAGUGUGUUCUGCAACAGGAGUGGGGUUUUAGCUGGAAAGCGAUCCAGGUAAUACUCUCAGAGGGUUCUGGAAUAAUUUUAAGAGAUUCGUUGUGGAAUCGUGUCAAAAAUAACUUUUCAAUGUCUGCACGACUGGACGGGACAUUAUCGGUUGAUUUAACUUCAUUGGCCGACAAUGAUGCGAGUGAUGGCGACGAACUUCAUGGCAAAAACAGCGAAUUUGAUCAUGACAAGUCGGUGCAAGAUGAGGAUGACCAAGUAUUUUCACGAAACAACAAUUUGGUAUUUAAACCGAAUGAUUCAAACGGGUUGUUAGGGGAGGCACAGCUUUUGUCGGCCCAGAAUUACGAUGCGAGCAAAGCAAUACGCGCGUCGCUCACUUCAGGUAACUCUAAUCUGCAAACACCCAACAGGCCUAAUGAUGGCAUACAAAAUGGCGGCGGGCUAGAGAAAUCAUCGUCUCCUGCAAACGCUUCUUCAACCAGUUCAUCAGGGACUCCAAGACGGCCUUCUUAUACAUCAAAGGCUCCAAGUGCACUAAAUACUCUGCCGGGCAUAACUAUUAGCGAAUAUUCUCCUGUCAGGUCAAACUUUGAUGACGCCCAUAACCAGAGUUUAAAUCAACUGAACAACCAAGCUUCAUCUCGGAAACACUCGCUCCCUUCCUUACAUCAUGCACAAUCAAGCAAAGAACCAUGUAUGCUUCCUUCUCAAUCAAGCUUCGAUGAAAGCUUGGAUGGAUAUUCUAACCCAGGGACACCGUCAUCUGUCAAAACAGACAGUCCUGCGCCAAGUCCAAGUGGAGCACAGCCAGGGCACAAAAGGGCGCACGAUAUUAGAGAGAGGAACAGAGUUUCAUUUAAAGUAAAAUGGGAUGAAGCUGCAAAGAGCGAUAUCAUUCUUGUAAGGUGCAGGGAUACAAAUGCAGAGCUUCAUAAAAGUAGACUUGGUUCUGGUUCAAAAGGCAAAUGCAUAAAGGUUGAUGACCAAUGGUUUACACCCACUGAAUUUGAACAAUUUUCUGGACGUGGAGCAUGUAAGGAUUGGAAGCGAAGUAUUAGAUAUGCUGGGCAGACUUUGCAUCGUUUGAUUGACGAUGGCAUUAUUGCCCCCCAUGCUGUUUCUUGUACCUGUGGAAUCUGCUGUGGUGAGGAGAUGGUUUCAAGCAGAAACCCAAGUAUCCAGAAAGGUGGUCCAGUGAAACUUUUUGUACCCUACACCAAAGCAAAGAGAAAGAGAAGGGAUGGAGAAGGAUCUGUAUCAAAGAGGCUUUCAACAAGUGGGGAGGAAGCUUUGAAAGACCUCAGAAGGGCAAGGUCCUUUAGCAUGGAUUCAGAGGUUUUUCCAUCACUUGUUCAUAGUGGAACCUUGGCUGCUCAUGAUUUAGACGACGGCAACAUGCCUCCUAUGACGCCGGUCACCCCAAUGACACCGAUAACUCCUAUUACACCAUUCAUGCAAAUGACCCCAUCGACUCCAAAUGCCAUUCGUUCUGGAUCACCCCCAAAAGCAUCUGUGUCGUCUCUUGCAUUGCCAAGUAUGACUAUGCCGAAUACUGGCACGGGUAAUCUGAUGUCUCUGCGCCCACCAGCAACACCGACCAGGACCCAAGCAUCUGUUCUUGACAGCACAUUGAACAAUCCCCAUUGGAUACAGCUAGAAGAGACUGUGACGUCAUUGUUGAGUAUGGCUCAUCAGCUGAAAUUCAUGAUUGAGCAAGCCAAAAUUCAGUCGGAUGCUGCUAAAGAUACUGCUGUGACGCAGGCAAAGAUCCAAGCAGAGAAUGAGAAACGGGAGGCUAUCAACCAGAUACGUUUGCAGUCAAUUGCACAACUAUCUCAAGCGCUUGCCUCAGCACACAACGAUAAAGGCGAUCUACAGCAACUAAACAUGCGACAGCAAAUUACAAUUAUAAAGAAUUGCCAAAACUGUGACAGAGAUGCACUUCUUGAGUGUACUGGUUGUCACAGAGUUUAUUACUGCAGUCAGUUUUGCCAGAAAAAGGACUGGAUAAAUCACCAGCGAAUUUGUGGCGAGCAGCAAAUGUCUGUCGACCAGCAUAAUAAAAUGGACGGGAAAGCCGACUAGGUGAAUGUGAAGUCGUCAAGAAAUAUUUUUAAGGAUGGAGCAUGUGUCAGAUGGUGGUUAUACCCAUGUUGGGUGCUUGAGGAUGUUGAGCAAGUUGGAGACAAUGUAAUGCGCGGUGACUUCGUUUUUGGUCAUAAAUGCCGCGCCUGUUUAUAACUAUGAUAGCAGACCUGACUCCGUCCUCGAAAUAAUUUGCAACAAGCAAUCAUGAAGAGAGGCGAAGUUUUAUGACACAGUCAAAACUAGCAGUCGCUCUAGUAUGUUAUCAUUUCAGGCCAUUUUAUCAUUCCAUGUCAUUUUAACAUUGGGUUUUAUCCAGUUUUGAUUAUAUUUAGUUUUCAAAGUUUUAUUGUUUCAUAUUGUUUGAUUUUCUUGUAGAUAAUUUUUUUCGCGCUUUAUGAAAAUCCUAGAGAUAUGUCAUCCAGUGAUUACGAUAAUUGAAUUUACCAUGUAUUAUUCUUCAGAAUUAAAUUCUGCAUUAAAGGCAUUGAGUCGUGAUAAAAUGGAUUGGGUAUACCCAAAGUGUCAAAAUCCACGAAGUCACGAUUUUCAUAACUGUGAUGCUAUUGGUUGACCCUAAACUGGUCACAUGAACUCACGUCAUACUGAAUCACAUGUAACAGCAACGAUCACGCCGAAACCAAAUGACUCCCUAUAGAGAAGGCCUAUUUACCAUGACUCGAUGUCUUUAAACCUUUUAUAAUUGGUUAUAGGGCAACAAAGAUUAAAGAAAAUCCCCAGUUUAGUUUUUAGCAAUAUUUUGGAGUUUGAAGGCCGUUAAACGUCAAGACUUAUAAAGGUUGAAAGGGAAAUAACUUUAUAUUUACGUAAAAAGUAAGAGAAUUUCCCAUUUUGUAAGGAGGUUUAAAUGAUACGGAAGAGAACGAAGGAAAUAAAUUAAUAAGUUUUAAUGACAAAGAAGAAUUUACGCUAAGAGCAUGGGCUUUGUUUGUUAUUUUUACAACACAUUCUUACUGCAGCUGGAUCGUAAAAUAACAAUUAAGUAAAAUAUAUUGUUUGCAAAUAGAAGGAAAGUAUAUUUUGGAAAGUUUAACUAGGAUUUGCGUUCCAUUUUUCUUGGAGCAUGGACGAUUGGCAUCUACCUCUACAUUUUUUUAAUUCAUCGUUGAUCAAGUAUCAAAACUUAUCCACUGUAGCUGAUUGUUCUUAAAUAGUUCUCUAGAAAUAUGCUGUCGUGUUAUGUUUCUUUUAGUUUUGUAUAAUUGGACACGCAAAUUUCUCAUCGUUUUAUAUUAUGAAAAUUAGAUUUUUAUGGUGAUAUCGAAGAGAACUUGAUUAGGCUCGUAUGAUAAACUUUUAAUGAUUAACCUCACGUUAUGUUGGGAAAAUAUCACCGUUAAUCGUUCAAAAGAUAAUUACAGUCUUUCUUAAUCUUA